AUAUUUCUUUAUUAAAUUUUAAUUCAUAUUAAUGGUAUGUUAAGCAGUAUGCCAAUUAUGAUUUUUUACGCAUUAUAAAACAUGAUUGGACAAUAACUAUUUUUUCCCAAGUUAUAAUUUAUAUACAGCUGUACAGUAUCCAUUCUUAAAAUAAUGUACUUAAGCAAUAAUCAAGUAUUCCACGUAGUAUAAAAUUUUUUUGAACUACCACUAAUUUAAGUGUUUUUAAUUUUUUAUCAAUAUGGAAGAUAUAUAUGUUUUAUUCAGGGUCAUGAGUAGAGGUAUGUUGGAUAGUUUCAAAGGAAUUGCUGUUCUUUUCGUACCUAACAAACGCUCAAAAAAAAUAGUCAGACCAGUUAAUUUUCCUAAGGAUCAAAAAAUGCUACAGCGUAUUAUUCAAUGUUGUACUUUAAAUGGAGGAAUUUUUUGUCUCAGUAUUUUGAUUUUUGAGUACAUUAUAUUACCAGUUUUAGAUUAUGUUUUGACUGUAGCAUUUGGAAAUUUAAACCAAGAUAUUUGGUAUUGGACUCGUUCAUUAUUAUCAUGGACAUUUGGUGCAGUUUGGGUCUUGCCCAUAUUUCUAAUCAGCAAAAUUAUUAAUAGUCUAUGGUUUCAAGAUAUAGCGGAUAUUGCAUUUCAGCAAAAAAAAGGAGAACCACAAAAACUAACUAAAAUUAGUAAAGUUAUAGCUGAUUUUUCAUUUAGUCUUAUUGUUCAAUUUUUAUUUCUUAUUCAAAGUUAUCUUGUAAGUAUGGUACCAUCAAAAGUUGUGAGUAAUGUUUUGGGUAUAUUGCAUUUAUCAUUAUUGUACUCAUUAUAUUCAUUUGAGUAUAAAUGGUGUAAUAUGGGAAUAGAAUUGAAUUCUAGAUUAUCUAUUAUUGAAAACUGUUGGCCAUAUUUUCUUGGAUUUGGAUUUCCCUUAGCAAUCAUUACAUCAAUGCCAGAAUCAUACAUUAUUAGUGGUUGUUUGUUUUCAAUAUUGUUUCCUGUAUUUAUUAUCAGUGCUAAUGAAAUUAGUCCAUCUAAAACCAAAGUGUUCAGAUUAAAACUUUUUGCACCAGUGCUAUAUAUAACUAGUACUAUAUUCAAUCGCUCAAUUAGACCAACAAUGAAGAAAACAAAAUAAUUUUCAAGGGUUCAAGUAAAUAAAAAAUAAGUGUAAUGUUAUUUUUAUAGUUAAAAUAACCAAUCGGUUAGUUUUCUCAACUUGUGUUAAUUGAGUUUUUUUUUAUUAUAUUAUAAUGUCAUAUAAGGCUGUGUUGUUUAUAAAUAUAUGUAAUG